UAUCUUCCGGGUCGCUGUUGGCAGGGAUAGUUUGACGUUUGAAAUCUGCUGUGGGUUUGUUUUCCCACUUUGUUCUGCUGUUAAUUGGUCAUAUUGAUUGAAAUUUAAGUUGUUGCGGUCCCAGUCUUGGUGAAGUUCAACUCUUUUCCUGGAAGUAAAGCCGCAGAAUCAGAUUUUUUCAAGAAUGGCCUUGCCCACAAUGCCUGCCUAUUGGACGGCCCGGUACAAGAACAUCCAGGAGCGGGCGAUGGUCCAGAGGCGCACCCACGAGGCCGACUUCCGGCAGCAGUGGGGCAACAACGCCCAGUACUUCAAGAACUCUGACGUCAAGACCACUAAGCAAAGAGCCUGGACUUCCGAUCAGUCAUUCCAUCACAGUAUGGAUGCUUACAAGAAACGCGAUGAGGGUGAGCUACUAGCGUUACGACUGAGCAGUCGCAGGCACAAACUCAAGCAACUAUUGGACGAGGAGAGGGAGCGAUACGCAGCGGAGCUGAAGGGACUUUCCCCGGGUAACUACGAGCGGCUCAAAGAAAUGAAGGAACGCACUGAUGAUCUGAAAACCAAGAAGGAGACCAGCAGAAAACAGAUUGCUGACGAGCGGAUGUAUGACCAUUGGCGACAAAACAACCCAGAUCUGCGGAAGAUUGAGUCUGAUAUGCACAAGAAACACGUGAUCCAGGGCUGGGGCGAGCAGGUAGAUUCCCAGAGGGAGCAGAUGGAGUCAGCUCGCCGGGAAGAGCACUUGGAACACAGGCAGAUGGAACGAGACAGGCAGGCUGCCCUGGAAAAGGAACGGCAUGUCCAGGAAGCCAAGCUGAGGGAGGAGAAGCAGCUGGCAGGACAGCUGAAGGAGCAGAUGAAUGAAUUGAGACAGAGGGAGGCGGAGGCUGCACGGUUGAAGCAAGAGCAGGACCAUCUCUUACAGCGCCAGUGGGAGCUGGACAAGCUAGACGAGGAACGGCAGGCCAUGGAAGAACAACGCAAGAAAUCCCAGACGGCUCAGGCACUGACCAGACAGCACAAGGUUCAGCUCAGACGCAGGGCUAAGGAGGUCCAAGAAGCACUGGAACUUGAUAUGAAGAUCCUGGCAGCGUUGGUUGAGAAAGCUGGGGAAGAGCAGCAGAUCCAGACAACCAGAAGGGAGAAAGCGAAGGCCGACGCUGCCUGGAUGAAGCAGGUGGUGGAGGAACAACUGAAACUGGAGAAGGCUCGGGAGGCUGAACUGGACAUGCUCUACAAGGACGAAGCUGCCAGGGAAUGGCAAAAGAGAGAAAAUGAAUGGGAGCGAGAACGCCUGGCUAGGGAAAGACUUAUGCAUGAGGUGUUACAGGGUCAGCAGGCGCAGAUUGACGCCCGCAUGGAAGAGAACCGACUACGUCAGGAGCAAUCCUUACAGCAGAGGGAAGAGCUGGUCCGUGAGAUGGAGCUGGUUCAACAGAUGACGCAGCGGGAAAAGGCAGAGGAGGAACGACGGAAAGCAGAGACUAAGAGGGAAAUUGAGGCGCAGUUGACGGAGCGACAGCAUCACAAGGAAGCAGCCCGGGACUUCCAAUUUAAGGAGGUUGAGGCAGAGAGACAAGCUGAGCGAGACUACGAGGAGAUGCUACGACAAGAGGCAUCUCGGAUGUCACUCCAUGACUACCAGCCUAAGUCGUUCCCGAGGAAAGGACCAGGACCAAGAUCAGCAUGGGACUGAGCAGUAACUUUUAUCUUUGCAAUAUAUUGUAUAUCAUCUACUUACUUGUAUGAAAUCGUGCACAUCUAUACGAUGCAGGAUCUGCAAAAUUGCGUAACAGGAGUGUUUAUGGUGCUUGAUGACCUUUGAACACCAAGUUAAUCUAAAUUGAAGAAAACUGAAUUUUGUGACCGCCAUAAGCAGCACAUAUUUAUUUACUUGGACAGGUUUAUUGCUGCAAAUUAGGCUACUGUAAGAAUUUACCCCUGUACUUAGUUUUGUGUUGAUCUUGCACUUUUCGCAGUCCAGGAAAUGGGGCCAUUCAGUAUUGGAAAGAUUCUCAAGUCUUGAGAUUAAUUCUAUCCAAAACAUCUGGAACUUAAUAGCUCCUGUUGCUGGGCGUGAAAUUUAAUUCUAAUGAUUGGUUGAAUUUGUGUGUAUAUAUCAGUGUGGUUUGUAUAUAUUGAUUUUUUCUGUCUCUAAAUACAUGUACAUUGUAUAUCAAAAGAUCCUACGGUGUCUGA